GAGCUUGAGCUGCUGCUGCUGCUGCUGUCGUCGACGAGAAGCUGAGCGAUCGGACUUCAGUUAGCGAGCGGGCGGGCAGUUUGGGCAGUCGGGGCAGGAGGGCAGGAGUGCGGGCAGCGGGCAGGUGGGGGCGAGAUUACGCUGUCGCGUACUGCAUCUCCCGCCCUUCGCUUUCUUUCUUUUCGUCACGCACGCACGCUCUCGCAGUCAGGGGAGCCCAGGCAGGCAGUCAGGGUCCCAGGGCUGGGCCCGGGGUGCGGGGCGGGGUUCGGAGUCCGGCUCGGAGGCCGGUUCGGGUCGGGAGCGGGGGAGAAUGAAUGGAAGAGCGAAUUGAGGAGGAAGUUCGGAGCAAAUGAGGAGCGGAGGGCGAGGGGGGCCAGUGAGCGUUCGGGCCGACAGAUAUAGAUACAGUGCGCCAGUACUGUUAGCGCUGCGGGGAGGGGGGAGCAGAGCGGGGGGAAGGGGAGACGGAGAGAGAGAGAGAGAAGAGAGAGGUGUUUGGGGUCCUUAAAUCCGUUUUCUGUCUUGACUCGAGCUAGCUCGGAAGUCCAUUUGUGUGUGCGCGGGGCGUGAGGGGCCUCCGAAUCCGGCGCGUGUCUCGAACCCCCAGACGACGACGACGACGACCUCGACGACUCGCGAGCAAGAGUUUUGAACGGGCGCGCGGAGGGAGUGUCGAAGAAUCUUGUAGUACCCGCUCAACGAAUGGUGCUCGCAUUUGUCUCUCAGUCCUCUGCAGCCCCGGGCUCCCUCUGCCUUCGAGAGCGAGAGAGAGAGAGUGCUAGAGUUCGGGAACCCUAGCAUGCCCGUGCCCGUCCUGCUGCUACUACUGCCACUGCUGCCGGUGAUGGUGACGCUGCUGCCACUUUCUGCCCGUGGUCGAUGCUGAUGCUGGUGCUGGUGGGGGUGGUGCUGCUGCUGCUGGUCCCGGAUUGGCGAAUUCGAAUGCCUGCGGUGGUUUGCUCAUGCGUCGGGCGUGACGAAUAGUUAAAACGAUUAAAUAUCAGGAUCUUUAGGGGUUAGCUUUGGCGAGUCGUUGAUCACGUAGGUUCAGUACAGGGUCACUCACUCGCUCGCUCGCUCUCGCCCUCGGAGGGCCUUCCUUCACUCCAAUUUGUCGACGGGACGGCGAGUUUGGUUGCUCUGCGGUGAUUCGUGCUUUUCAUCCCUCCUCUCCCUCUCCCUCCCUCGUAUCCAGCUACUUUCUUUCAGUCGCGUGCGUCCCGGCGGCGGUGGUGGUGGUGGUCCGCGCGGUGCGAGCCCCGAGCGCGUCGCCAAUUAGCCUUUUCUUCCUUUCCUUUGCUCGCGACAUUGUGUCGGGACUCGGGUGCUCUCUCGGUGCUCGACCUACCGGGCUCACGAUUUCCGAGCGCGGGUGCCGUUGGUGUCGACAAUUCCUCGCGUGCCCUCUGCGUCGCGGAGGCUCAUUGUCGAUGGCACUCGCUCGUCGUCGUCAUUUUUCGAAAGUUCUUGCCUUGUUCCUGUAACCGUGGCAGCUUUUCGUUCUUGCUUCUGAUAGAGCCGCGCCUUCGUCUCGUUGGCCCUCAUCCUGUCCGACCCUUCGGCCCUCCUUGGCUCCGCCCUUCCGGCCGCAGGUUCUCCCGCGUUUUUCAAAUCUGUGCUCUCCUUUCACGUCUUUCCUCAGCUCUCUGCUCCGUACGGUCUCUUCUCCGAGCGCCUCGCUCUCUUCGUCUUUACCCUAUUCGUCUUCCUUGUGCGGCUUCUGUGUCUACUCGCCCGAACAGAAGAGCGAUUCCAUGCGCUUCAAACCAAAGAAAGGAGCGAGGAGCAAGUCUCAACUGUCCAUACUCUUGAAAAUUGACGUCGAUUUUGUCGACAUAUCUGCCCACCGAUUUCUCCUACCGUCGAAUGACAAUUGGGCGAGUUUCAGGAAUGAGGGAAUGCACGUGUAGCCAUGCUUCCUCAUGGUGGUGUACUGUUGCCGAGGAGUUUCAAGAGAUACGAUGAGCUUUGAUUGGAAGGGAAAAUGAUGAGGAGCUUUAGGGUUCUGGAGCCACUUUGGAAACAGGGCUUCUGGGUUGCGAGGCCCUACCAGCACGAAAUUCUUCCAUUGCGCAGGUAUCGAGGCCGGAAACAUUGACACUGUCACUGAGUGAGACGAAGGGAAGAGAUGGCCUGCUUGGCUCCGUUCGUGCCUUUUGUUGGAAGGAUGUGAGCAGAAAAGUUUUCGACGAUCAAACUGCUGCUCUCAUAAUGGGAGUCAUGCACUUCGAAACUGGUGGUAUUAGCCUUUCAACAGUACAGUAGGGGCAGAUUAGUAGUCUCCGAAAAGAGGAGUUAAGUAGGUUUGUCUGACGCUUGGGCGAGGUGCGAGAACUAUUGUCAGUUUGAUGCUCACCAUGGAGUGCAACAGGGAUGAAGCCGUGAGAGCAAGGGAUAUUGCCGAAAAGAAAUAUGCAAGUCAAGACUUUGCAGGAGCCAAGAAAUUUGUGCUCAAAGCUCAGCAACUUUUCCCAUCUCUCGAAGGCCUCUCUCAAAUGUUGCCUGUCAUGGAAGUACACUCGGUAGCACAGUCCAAGCUCGGGGGUGGAGAAAUGGAUUGGUAUGGUUUACUGCAGGUUGAACCCUCAGCUGACGAUGGUUUGAUCAAAAAACAGUACAGGAAGUUGGCAUUACUUUUGCAUCCUGACAAGAACAAGGCCGUUGGUGCAGAGGCUGCGUUCAAGCUUAUCGGGGAAGCUUGGGGAAUACUGUCUGAUAAGUCGAAGAGGCAAUUGCAUGAUAUGCGUAGGGGGGUGAAGAUGAAACCAGGUGCUGCUCGUGUUGUUCCCUCAGAGCACAACGCUCAUUUCCCCGCGGCUUACCACGGUGCAGCAGGUCCUCAACCCGCUCCUUCAUCCACAUUCUGGACCUCCUGUCCUCGUUGCAAAAUGCAAUACCAGUACUUGCGAACUUACGAGAAUUACCAACUGCAAUGCCACGAGUGCAAGGAAGUUUUUAAAGCACGUGAGAUUAACACGGGAGUGCCCAACGGAGGGUACGGAGCCCAUGCGUACCCUCCCUAUGCCGAGAGUCAUCGGCAGGACUUCAACUUUUCGAAGAUGGCUUUCAAUGCGUCAAAUGGCUUCAUGCAUGGACCUUUUCCAAGUUCAUUUCCAACUAAACAGCCACCUACGAGUGCCUCUGCUGGGGUGUUUUCGCAGGCUGCAGCGGAGGCAGCAGCUGCAAGCAAAGUGGCCGCAGCUGCGGCUGCUGCUUCAACAGCUGUGCCAGCGAACAAUGUCGCUGCCGAUGUCGUGCAGCAAACAUUCCAGAAGGUCAAGCGGGAUAGACAGGAAGCUGAGAAGGAGACGAAGAGAAAGGAAAAGGAGUUGAGAAGGAAGGAAAGCGAAGAACGUCGUAAAGAGAUCAGGAAGCAGCGUGAUGCAGCGCGUCAGCAGGAGGCUAUGGAUCGUCUGCUUUUGAAGAGGAGGGAGAAUGAUCUUAAAGUGGAAAGCAAACGCAAGUUGGAAACAAGAGCAACUCGAAGACUGAAGAGGAGGAGACGUGGUAGUGGGCAGGAAGAGGAAGAAGAGGUAGAGGAGGAGGACUUCAAAGUUCCUGAGCAACUGAAUACAUUUGUGUCUGAGCAACCGAAUGCACCUGUUGAGGAAUUGCCUAGGCGACGAUCUGCUCGUGCAAAGAAGAACGUUUCUACGUACAAAGUUGACAAUAGUGACUCUGAUAUGGAAGAUUUUCCUGCACCCAAGCGGUCGAAGUCUGAAGACGAAGCCGAAAGUGAAGCUAGUGAGAAGGUCAGUCUUGAUGACAGAAGUGGCAGGAACGCAGGUUCUCAGCAGGCCGAGAAUGGCGGAAGGGCAGAGAAAGGCAAGUCUAUAGCCCAGGAUGAGAAGCGGUCAAGUGAAAUGAACGGCGGUGGGGAAGUACGGUCAGAUGCUGAGGACGAGCUCAGGGACCGGAAUAAAUGUGGAGUGGAGCCCAAAGUGUCCCACAAAAAUGGGGCUAGUGUUUUUCCUGAGAGAGCCACAUGCAAGCAGGCGAGCGCCGAAACACCAACGAAACAAGAGGAUAAGUUGGUAGAUUACCAAGGUCAAGACAGUCCAAGGGUCAGUCGAGUGAAGACGAGUAAAGUCAUCUCUAAGAAAGACUCUUCGGCCACGACGGAUGAGAGGGCUCGAUGCGACAUUGCAGCUGACCAAGAGGACAGGAAGGACAGGAAGUUAGAAGAGAAGAGAGACGAGAAGAGCCCAUGUGUAUCACCCACCAGAAUUCUCAGAACGAGAAGCAAAUCCUCCGAACUCAACAAAAAGCAGUCCCCCAGGUUUUCUCAUGAAAUGGUUCGGAAGGAGGGUGAAGGGAAGGAAGUAAGCUGCAAAUCGGAGCGGAAGCCCCUCCAAUCAAGCUCGACAGGCACUUCAGCGUCAUCUGACGAGGACGAGGAAGAACACAUAGACGUACCGGAUCCUGACUUCCAUGAUUUUGACUCGCGGCGCACCGAAACGGACAUUCUAGCAGGACAGAUUUGGGCAAUUUAUGAUGAUCAAGAUGGAAUGCCUAGGUUUUAUGGUCGUAUAUCUCGAGUGUGUCUUGCACCUUUUAGAGUGAAUCUGUGUUGGCUGGAGCCUACUCCCGCCACAGAACAGAGCAACACCUGGAUGGAAGGAUCUGGUCUCUCAAUCACGUGUGGAGAGUUCAAGAUUGGGAAAGCGACGAUAUCAGAGCAGAUCAACAUAUUCUCCCACAUGGUUUUAGACAAGGUUGGAAAAGGACCUGUGAAGAUCUAUCCAAGAAAGGGCGAGGUCUGGGCCACUUAUAGAGAUUGGGACCAAGAUCGCACAAAUGGACCUAAACCUGUUGUAAGAUCGAAGGGAGAUGGGCAUACAUACUCGUAUGAGAUGGUCGAGGUUCUAAGCGACUACAGUGAAGAGAAGGGUUGCAAGAUCUCAAGGUUGGCAAAGGUAAAGGGAUUCAAGACUCUCUUCCAGAAAAUUGAUGGCUACGGAGCAAUCAGGCAGUUUCGAUCAUCUGACCUUCCCAAGUUUUCGCACCUUGUCAUUUCCGAAAGAAUGUACAAAGAUGAGGCCCUUGGUGUUCCUAUCGGAGCGUUGGAGCUGGACCCUGCCGCAACUCCUAUGGACCUGAUUCUGGGUUCCUCCUCAAGAUAGGGUCUUUACUUUGGCCUUUUCUCAAGUUGCGGACUACGUUGUCGAAAGCAGGAAUGUCUCUAUCCAGCGAUCAUCAUUCGGAUACUUGUAUCAUAUUACUCUUGGAUCUCACGAUCAGAUUAAAGUUGAGAAGGAGCAUCCACUUUCGGGAAGGAGGAUGUUUGAAACUCGUUUCCCCAGGAUCAUGAUCUAAUGUAAGACAUUCCUCCUUCCCGACGGUUAAGCACACGGACGAGGCACGGCCUGGCUGCAACUCGAAGUCUUUACCCCAUGGCACGGUUGCAUGAAAGUCUGAAGGAAUGGACCAGCCUUGAACGGCCCUCAAUCAUGUGGAGGGGGCCUCUCAAAGGUUUCAGUUGUGCAGAUUGGAGUUGGAACCUGACUUUUAGGCCCACAGCGCGUCCGUUCUUAAAUCCAAUUGUUGAUAUUUUCGGCUGUCGAAGGAGGUUCUUCUCAGUGUCUAGUCGUUGGGUUCCCUACGAACAAGGUUGAGAUUUCAAGCAAACUUUAACUCUUGCUCCAACAACGAGAAGAGACAGUCAUUGCGGAGACAAGUCAUCUCUCAGUUCCUACAUUUUUCAGAGAGAGAGAGAGAGAGAGAGAUAGAGAGAGAGAGAUAGAGAGAAAGAGAGAGAAAGAAAGAGAGAGCAUGAAGAAUCUUAUAUGGGAGGAAGGACCCACUUCUGGUUUCUGUUCCAGCAACAGCUGUAGCAAAGGAUUCAAAUCUCGCAGCUGGCUUCUCUCUUUAAGCAAUUUUGAUGGGUCUACGGGUAUGGUCAGUGAUUCCUGGCGUCCAUGAAUCGGUUGUCAAGGCAUUGGAGCGCGAAGGCGAAUGGAUGAGAUACCUAUCAGAAACGGUUCAUGGUAUCAUUCCUGACCACCUCUUUCUCUUUGUAAAUUGGCCCCAUUCUUUAUGGUAGUGCGGUGAUGUAGCUCUGAGCAGGUAGUUUAGUUUGGCGGUGCUACAGGUGGUAUUCCAAACCUCAGUAAGUCUUCACAAAAACGAUGAGCAGAGAGGACGGCAAGUGUUCAGACGGGAGAGACCUGUGAUAUACAAACUUCCUUCUCUCUUAGAUGCAGUGAAUGCCACGCAUUUCGAAACCAGUCAGAGCCUUUCACAGACAGAUGUCUCGCCCCUGUUCUUUAGAAACAGAAUGGAUGAGCGGAAAUCGGACGUCUGUUCUGAACCGACAGACCUUCAAAUGUAAAUGGAAUGUUUGUUCCUUUAUCUGCGUCCAAGACUCCCGACUGCGGUUCAGCAAGUGACCAACGUAAACAAAAUCUGGGGCCUUUGAUAUGAUUGUUGCUGCCGUUCCGAAUGCUUAGAUCUCAGUCGUCACACUCUCAUGCCUGCACUGAUUGAACGUUUGGAAUAAUUUGGGUCCACCUCUGUAGGUUUACCAGGCAGGUGUAGCUCUUCUCGUUACCCGUCUCUGAGAAAACCCCGGGGACAAGUUUCCAAUAUCCAGUGCUGUCUUGCUCGUUGACUGUGUCAUCCGUUUCGGCGGGUUCAUAAUACGUGGUCCUUAGUCACUGAGAGCAGUGUUGGUGGAUAUUACCUCAGGUCAUCUGUGUCAUUUCAAUUAUGCAAGACCAAACAUCAUCGACGAGGGUAUCAUCAAAGCAUAUUUUGUAUUCCACUUUCUUCUUACCCUUCUGAACAUCUGAUCAACUCAUGAGUAGUCCAGAAAUUGCUCUGACUGCGUGCAAAUGUACGAGAAAGGUAACGCGUACAGAAACUGUCGGUGGGAUAACAUAGCAAGACGGAUGGGAAAAUAUCAUGUGGUAAACUUUGCUUAUGAUCUGAAUGUGCAAUAUUUUUCAUUUUAUCAAGGCCCGAAGAACCAUCAAACGUCAAGGGGAUGGCCUUCAAGUAGAAGAUACUCGUUAGUGUCAUUGUAAUCAUAUUUUAUGAAGUAUAUCAAUUUCAAUCACCAGCGUCAAUGUUACACGCGUUGGGCAUCGUUUUGAACCUAAGUGUCCAAAAAUAGUAAAUACUUGAAGUAUAGAGCAGCAGUAAAACUCGGAAUACCUUUCCAAUAGCAGAAUCUGAUUCUAUCAUAGGACUGAUUUUUUGUAUGACUUAUAUCGAUGUAUGACAAUUUCUCAUUGUGAAU